AUGUUAUUUCGAAGGCGAAGCUUGGCUGUGAAAUAUUUCAUAGCAGUCUUUUUCGGUGCUGUUGUCUAUAAUGAAUGGUUUGUUUAUAUUGCCCAGUCCAUAUAUUGGCAAAAUAUGAAAUGUCCAUACGAUGAUAAAUAUUGCACCAAGCUAAUGUUUAUAGCUGAUCCACAAAUACAAGGCGAAAUGGCAGUACCACCUCCUUUAAGUUAUCUAUAUAACUGGGACAGUGAUAGGUAUUUGGAUACAACAUUCAAAAUAGCAUUGAAGUAUUUCAAGCCUGAUGUCUUGGUAUAUCUUGGUGAUCUAAUGGAUGAAGGAUCAAUUGCAACAAUGACACAAUUUCACAGCUAUGUGAGACGCUUGUCGAAUAUAUUUGAAGUCCCUUAUCCCAUUAUUCAAAUAUGGCUGCCAGGAGACAAUGACAUAGGAGGAGAAAAUGAACCAAUUAGAGAAGAUAAACUUGAGGAGUUCAAUAAAGUUUUCAAUCAACCCUCUGUCAUUACAUAUAGAAACAUUUCAUUCUACAAAGUAAACGGAAUCACACACAGUUUCCCGCACGCGAAAGAAGGAGACGACAAGUACAGAAUAGUUGUCUCACAUUAUCCUUUAUUGUGGAAAUCCGUUUUUGGUAAACAGGUGAAUGAUGCAAUCCAUCCCAACAUAUACUUCUGUGCACACGAGCACAAAUCGAAAUAUUUCAUCAAAGAUAAAAAUUUUAGAAAUAUAUUUACACGUAGUAUAAGACCUGGAGAUGAUAUUUUAAAUAUUGAUCGUAACGAAGAAAAUAUUUACGAGAUUUAUGUGCCAACCUGUUCGUAUAGAAUGGGGACUGACACUAUCGGUUAUGGAGCCGCCAUGCUGGUUCACAAUAAUCAUCAUCUGCACUACACAGUACUUUGGUCGCCCAGAAGAUUCCCCUCACUCUUUGCAUACGCUGUGUUUUUGGUAAUCGCUAUAUUAUAUACGUUUGUUUUUUGUCUGUCAAGGAUUAUACUUAGAUGUAUGUUGGUUAAAAAUAGUGACACCACACAACCUCUUCUACACACCAGUUAG